AUGAAUAUCCUCUCUACUCUUCUGCUAGCUGUGACUAUUGCGGGGUUUCCUCUAGAUGCACCACUAGCCAAGCGCGACCAGCCGCAGCUAUCACCCGACGUAUACUACGACUUUCUUUUCUUGAUCAACGACAAUGCCCGAGUUGUAGGGAAUACCGAUCAGCUUGUCAUGCAGACAGCACUCAAUGAUGCUGCUGAUAACAAGGCAAGACUCGCCGCUGCACUGAGGUUUGACCCGGACAAACUCCCGUACAUGGACGUAUCUGAGCCAGACAUGGAUGAUUGCCAGUUCCAGCGAUGUCGGCUCGGUGGUUCCCGAAUUAAAAAGGAAUGGCAAGAUCGGCAGUGA